AUGAAAGAUCUCGACACUCUAAAGUACUUUCUUGGUAUUGAGGUUGCUCGUAGCGCUUCUGGACUGUUUUUGUGUCAAAGGAAAUAUACCCUUGAUAUUAUUUCUGAAGCAGGAUUGUUGGGGGCCAAGCCGGUUAAUGUUCCUAUUGAGCAAAACCACAAACUCGGCCUAGCAAGUAGCCCAAUUUUCUCUAAUCCGCUAGCUUAUCAGCGUCUAGUUGGAAGACUUAUCUAUUUGGCCGUAACUCGACCGGAUCUCGCAUACUCUGUUCAUGUGUUGUCUCAAUUCAUGCAAGAACCACAUGAUGAGCACUUGGAGGCAGCUUUGAGAGUUGUCCGUUAUUUGAAAGGUACACCGGGUCAAGGGAUUCUCCUACGAGCAGACAGUGAUCUAACGCUACAGGGAUGGUGUGAUUCGGAUUGGGCCGCAUGUCCUACUACUCGGCGAUCGCUUAUGGGUUGGUUGGUUUUUCUUGGCCAUUCUCCAAUCUCGUGGAAAACAAAGAAACAAACUACUAUUUCUCGUUCUUCCGCAGAAGCAGAAUACAGAUCCAUGGUAGCCGUUACUUGUGAACUCAAAUGGUUAAAGGGCUUGUUGUUAAGUCUGGGGGUUCGUCAUCACAAAACCAUAAAGUUAUUUUGUGACAGUCAAUCGGCUCUUCAUAUUGCAAAGAAUCCAGUCUUUCAUGAACGCACAAAACACAUUGAAGUGGAUUGUCAUUUUGUUCGCGAUGCAAUUAAAGAUGGUUUGAUUUUCCCUUCCUACAUUCCUACCAAAUCGCAAUUAGCUGAUAUCUUCACAAAGGCUCUGGGGCAAAGGCAAUUUGAAUUUCUUCUUCGCAAGUUGGGCAUUUCAGAUCCGCAUGCUCCAACUUGA